CCCUCCUCUCCUCAUCCACCAGAAACUCCAUAAAAAAAGGGUCAGAAAAACAAAUACACAAACAGAGGGAGGGCAUGGCGGAGACCGAGCAAUCCAUGGUCUUCACUAACCCCAAGAAGCGCGGCCCCAAGGACGCCACCGCCGACGAUGACGGAUUCGUCACCGGCACCGGCGAUUGGGCGGCGGUGUCGACGAAGAGGGUGGCCAGGAACGACCCGGCGGGGGCGCUGGCGAGCGUGCGGCACGAAUUCGGGGAGCACGGUGGGGUGAACAUGUCGAUCGAGGCAUCGGCUACGUUCACGGUGAUGGAGGCCGACACGUUGCGCCGGAUGUUCGCCGGCGAGCUCGGCCCCGACCGCGACUUCUUCAUCUACAGCCGGCACUGCAACCCCACGGUCCUGAACCUGGGCCGCCAGAUGGCCGCCCUCGAGGGCACCGAGGCCGCCUACUGCACGGCCAGCGGCAUGGCCGCCAUCUCCUCCGUCCUCAUCCAGCUCUGCGGCGCCGGUGGCCGCGUCGUCGCCUCCCGCUGCCUCUACGGCGGCACCCACGCCCUCCUCGCCCAUUUCCUCCCUCGGGCGUGCGGGAUCCGGGUGGAGUUCGUCGACAUCGACGACAUCGAGGCGGUGCGGGCGGCGAUCCGGAGCGACAAGGAGGCGACGCGGGUGCUGUACGUGGAGAUGAUGUCGAACCCGACGCUUGCGGUGGCGGACGUGCCGAGGCUGAGCGCGGUGGCGAGGGAGGAGGGGUUGAAGCUGGUGGUGGACAAUACCUUCACGCCGAUGGUGGUGUCGCCGGCGAGGCUCGGCGCCGACGUCGUCGUCCACAGCGUCUCCAAGUUCAUCAGCGGUGGGGCCGACAUCAUUGCAGGUGCUAUAUGCGGACCGGCCAGCCUGGUGAAGUCGAUGAUGGAUCUGCAGCAUGGGUCGCUGAUGCUGCUGGGGCCGACCAUGAACGCCAAGGUCGCCUUCGAGAUCUCGGAGCGGCUGCCCCACCUGUCCCUCCGUAUGAAGGAGCACAGCAAGCGGGCCAUGGCCUACGCCACCCGCAUGAAGAAGCUGGGCCUGAAGGUCAUCUACCCGGGGCUGGAAGACCACCCCCACCACUCCCUCCUGGCCUCCAUCGCCAACCCGGACUACGGCUUCGGCGGCAUGCUGUGCCUGGACAUGGGCUCCGAGGAGCGAGCCAACCGGCUGAUGCACCACCUCCAGAACACCACCCAGUUUGGUCUCAUGGCCGUCAGCCUCGGCUACUACGAGACCCUCAUGUCCUGCUCCGGGAGCAGCACCAGCAGCGAGAUGAGUCCCGAGGAAAAGGCCCGGGCCGGCAUCUCCCCGGGACUCAUCCGCAUGUCCGUCGGCUACAGCGGCACGCUGGAGCAGCGAUGGAACCAGUUCGAGAGGGCCCUCGCCCUCAUGCAGCAGCAGCACCACCAGCAGCAGGAUGCUGCCAUCUACUGCAAGGCCUAAGAGGACGUCUCUCCUUCUUUCUUUCUGAAUUUCUCCUGCCAGCAGUAUAAUGAACGAGUGGACUGGGAAUUAUUUGUAUGGGACUUGUGGAUGUCUCGGCGCGACUGCAUAUAAUAUAUGUAUCUUAGAUGUGGCUGUUUUGCUGGCAAAAUGUGAUGCAUUAAUAAGUGAGAAGUAAUAAAAGUUAUUUUGCA